AUUACAAAAUCAAUCGUGUCAUUUGCUUGCUGUCAUUGCCCUGUUAUCCUUUCUACCGGCCGUAUACAAUUUCCUUUGUGUAUUCUAAGUGAAAAUGGUGACGAUACUUGAAUUGCAUGGAUAUGAGGAGUUUCAAAAAUAUGUUGCUAACAUAGAACCAAAUCAACCAAAUAGCCGCCCCGUAGUAGUGUACUUCAGUGGUGAAAAGCUGCCUUCUGGAGAAAGUUGGUGCAUUGAUUGUGUUGAAGCUGAACCUGUAGUGAAGGCUUACCUAAAUGAGCUGAAAAAAGAAAUCACAUUUGUCUAUGUUGAUGUCGGCAACCGUGAAACGUGGAAGGACAAAGCUUGUCCAUUCCGGACAGACAGCCGCACGAAACUCAUGGUGAUUCCAACAAUCAUUCUGUGGAAUGGCGUUCGGAGACUGGAAGGCAGUCAGUGUGCAAAGAGAGACCUACUGAACAUGCUGUUUGAAGACGAAGAUUGAAAACUCAACAAGUAACUCCUCUAAUCUAACAUAAUAUAUUAUAUUCUUGUAUAUAACAUAAGAAAGUGAAGUUCACAUUAAAAUCGAUACAAAAAUC